AUGUUCAAGAAUUUAUUACUUCAAUCAUUAGAAUGUAGAGAGAAAAAUUAUUUAGCAUCAUGUGCGAGAAAAGAAAAGUUUCCAUUUUUUAAAAAGAGAAAUUACAAUAAUGAAAAUAUAAUAGUACAUAAUUAUAACUAUAAUUUAUGUACAAAUAGUAAAGAUGUAAAUUACAAAAGAAAGAAUAUAUAUUUUAUGAAUUAUAAAGGAUUUAUAACAGUGGCAGAUAAAUAUGUGGAUUAUAAAAAAGAGUCCCCUUCUGAAGAAGAAAAAUAUUAUGAGGAGGGAAAAUUAAAUAUAAAGAAUAAUAUGAACUCUAUAGAGAAAAUAUUAGAUGAAACAAAUUCAAUGAUAUAUAUAAAUGAUAUUUGUUUAAAAAUGGAUCAAAACUUAUUAAAGUGUCAAAAUUAUGAGGAUGUCCUUUCUAUUCUUGUUACACAUAGAGGUGCCUUAUUUUUACAAAAUUUGAUUACUGCAAUUCGUAUGUUGAGCGGAUUUGUAAUUGAACAAAAGAAGGAAAAAUUAGAAAAAGAUAAGUUGAAUACGAUAAGUGAUUAUACUAAAAUAUAUAUGAAGGCAGAUGAUGAAAUGGGAAAAAAUAUAGCAGAUGAUAUUUCUGAUAAUAAUAAUAAUGGACAUAUGGAGGACAAUAAUAAUAAUGUAACAAUAUCGUAUAAUAAUAAACAAGAUAUAUCAUAUAACUACACAGGUAUUGAUAAGAUAGAAAAUAAUAUAAUUGAAAGAUAUAAAAACGUAUUUGAUAUAUUAAAUAAUAAAUCUUUAGUAGAAAGUGAAAUGAAUACGCAAGGAAAGAAAAGAAAACUUGAAGAUAUAAUUGUACUAGAUGAAAGAUUUCAUCUUCUGAUUGAUGAUAUUUAUAAAAAUCGGAAACAUUUUGAUGUUUUAUCUAUUUGCCAUAUUUUGAUAUCUUUAAAAGAAUUAAAUUAUAAACAUUUCCUUUUGUUUAAUUCUUUUGUUAACCCAUUAAAAAAUUUCGAUGUAUACAUUAAAGAACAAUUUACAAAUAAUCAAAAAUUUUCUUUUAUUUGUUCGACGAUAGAAUUAUUGCUUGAAUGUUUUAACACAUAUAUAUGGGCGGGGUAUUAUAAUUUAAAUAUAUAUAACAAGUUAAUGAACUCUAUUUUGUUAAAUAAAUUUAUAUAUAUAAAUAAAAAUACAAUAUAUACACAACAUUAUGAGCAGCUAAAAAAUUACACAUAUAUGGAAUAUGAAUAUAAUAUAAAUUAUCCAAUAAAAAUAAAAGACGUGCUAAAUUUUUUUGAGAUAAAUGAAGACUUUUAUUAUAUUGGACAUGUGAAAAAAAACAAUUAUCGUGUAUAUGACGGAAUAAAUGAAUUACAUAAUUGUGAUAAGAAUCAAAAUGAAGAAAAUAAAAUUAAUAUGAAUGAUAUAAGAAAUGAGAAUAAUUCUGAGAAACAAAUAGAUUUGAAUAUAAAUAAUAUUCAUGAUCAUAUAAAUAAUGCUGAUAUAAUAAAUAAAAAAGAUAAUGUUUUAAAUGGGGAUUGUAUAAAAGAAUCGAAAUGUAUAUUUUAUAGCUUGUACCCUAUAUUUUUAAGUCUUGAAUUAUUUCUGAAAAGUAUAGAAAUAUACAAAAACAUUUAUGUGUAUAAUUCCUUAUUUUUUAUGAUUGCUGAAAAGAUGGUUUAUUAUUACACUCAAUAUUUAACUCCAUCAUCCAUAAGUAUGAUAUGUGAAGCAUUUUCUAGACAUCGGAUUUUCAGUAUAGAACACGAUAGACUUUUUUGUCAUAUAUCAAAAUUAGUUGAAAAUAAUUUUUCAAAGUUUUCUUUAGAACACUUAUAUAUCAUUUUAUCUUCAUUUAAAAAAAUGAACCUCUUUUUUGAAAGAUGUAUUAUUUUAGUAUGUAAAAAGUUUAAAAAUCAUUUUUCAUCAUGUUAUAUAAGAAGACAAGAAUCUUUAUUAUCAUUAAAUCAAAUAUCAAUUCUAAUGGAAAGUAUAACCUUUUUUAAUUUUGAAAAUAAAUAUAUUGAUGACUUUAUUGUUUCAUGUGUAAAUUAUUUAGAAGACUAUAUAGAUGAUAUUCAAGAAGAAACUUCUAUAAAUAUUUCGUAUUCAUUAAUAUUAUCUAAUAUGGUUCAUAUAAAUCCAUACUUUUUUUCAUUUAUAUGGAGAAAAAUAGGGAAAACAACUUACUGGGAAAAAAGGAAAAGUCAAAUUUGUUUAUUAUGGUUAUCACAUAUGAUACAAUUUAAAUGGUUAGAAUAUGAUUUACCCAAAUUUUGUGUUUUAGAAUGUUUAAAAGUUUUUUAUUUAAAAAGAAAAGAAAAGAAAUUUUCUUAUUCAAAAAUACUUCAGAACAUAUCUAAAAUAUUAAACAAUAUGAAUAUUCAACAUGAUAUAUAUGUCGAUAUAUAUGGUCCAUAUAUAUUAGAUAUUUUAAUAAAAAAUACAAGAAAUGUCUUAAUGCUUACGCAAGAUACGACAAGAAAUGAAAUAAAUAAGGAUUUAGGUGACUUCAAAAUUAUUUUAAAUCAUUUAAAAUUAUUUGGAUAUAAAGCAAAACCUAUUAAUACCAAAUAUUUUUAUUCUCUCUGUGAUGAAAUGAAAGAAAAUUAUAUUAAGGAUAUUUUAAUGAAUUUUUAG